AUGCUUAUAGCGAUGCGUCUGCCGCUACUACUUCUAUAUUUACUCGUAUUGCCCUUUUCAGGCGCAAAUAACACAGAUGAAGCUCACGAAACAAUAGCAACAAACACAAAUAACUGGGCCGUACUAGUAUCAACGUCACGGUUUUGGUUCAAUUACAGGCAUAUGGCCAAUGUUCUCAGUAUGUAUAGAACCGUCAAGAGAUUAGGUAUACCAGAUUCACAAAUCAUACUGAUGCUAAGUGAUGACGUAGCCUGCAAUUCAAGAAACCUAUUCCCUGGUAGUGUGUUUAACAACAAGGAUCAUGCCAUUGACCUUUAUGGUGAUUCUGUGGAGGUUGACUACCGAGGCUACGAAGUUACAGUGGAGAACUUCAUAAGACUCUUAACGGAUAGAUGGACGGAAGACCAUCCUAAAUCCAAACGACUAUUGACGGAUGAAAAUUCAAACAUUUUCAUAUACAUGACAGGUCAUGGUGGUGACGAUUUCUUGAAAUUCCAAGAUGCUGAAGAAAUUGCCUCCGAAGACAUUGCCGAUGCUUUCCAACAAAUGUACGAAAAGAAAAGGUACAAAGAGAUUUUUUUCAUGGUGGAUACUUGCCAGGCGAAUACCAUGUACUCGAAAUUUUACUCCCCAAACAUUUUGGCCGUGGGUUCUAGUGAAAUGGAUGAGAGUUCAUACUCACAUCACUCUGACGUGGAAAUCGGGGUCGCUGUCAUCGAUAGAUUCACAUAUUAUUGUCUAGAUUUCCUGGAAAAUAUUGAUAAAAACUCCACUUUAACUUUACAAGACCUUUUUGACUCAUUUACAUUUGAAAGGAUCCAUUCGCAUGUAGGUGUUAGGACUGAUUUAUUUCAAAGAGACCCAUCAGAGGUGCUGAUUACUGAUUUUUUUGCCAAUGUGCAGAACGUAAUUCCCGAUGACUCAAAGCCUCUUUCGUUAAGCCAUUAUCAUCACCAUAAAGACUACAUUGGUACUGCCCAAUAUGAGCAAAACAAUAAUGUGUUGGAUUUGGCCCUAGAAAAAAAUCAUGAAAAUUUCUCCUCCUCGAAGUUUGACAGACUCACUAAACGCAUUAAAUCUACCAAUGAAUUGAAUGUUGAUAUAGGUUCGAAUGAAUAUUCUUUAACCUUUUCCAAGCAAUCAGUUACAUUAGGAUUAAUGUUCGUAGUAAUGAUUGUAUUGUUUAUACUGAGCGGAAACACUACGAAGGCAAAUUAUAACCUGUACAAUAAUUAA